UACCUAAAACAAAAACAAACCAAGCAUGCUUUUACAUAAUAUUCCUUCAUAUCUCCUCCUAAUGCCUUCCUGCUGUCACAAACCAAAACCCCUCCAAUAAAACCCCCCAAAAUACACACAACAAAAUCAAACACACACUUUCACCAUUUGAUCACCAAAAUGUCUAAAACCACCACCAUCAUUUCCCUCUUCCUCCUCCUCUCCACCACCAUCACUACCGCGAUCACGACCGUCUCGUCCGAUAUCACGGCCUUAAAAUCGCUAAAAUCGUAUAUUAACCCGAAAACAAUCCCUUCCUAUACUUGUCUACAUUCUUGGGACUUCACUUCUGAUCCGUGUUCACCACCUCAUGUCACACAUUUCCUUUGUGGAUUAACAUGUACUAAAAACCGAGUCACUCAACUCACCCUUGAUCCAGCUGGUUACACUGGCACACUCUCUCCCCUCGUUUCACAACUCACUCAACUCAUUACAAUUGAUCUUUCCGAUAACAAAUUUUUUGGCCCAAUUCCAAAUUCUAUCUUUUCACUUCCUAAUCUCCAAACACUAAUUCUUGGAUCAAAUUCAUUUUCAGGAACAAUUCCACCAUCAAUCCAAAACCUCAAAAAGCUACAAACUUUAGACAUUUCACACAAUUCACUAUCCGGGUCACUUCCACCCAACUCACUAACCCAACUCACUGAGUUAACUCGACUCGAUUUAAGCUACAACAAACUCACUGGACCCAUUCCAAAACUACCUAAAAACAUCAUCCAACUAGCUCUUAAAUCAAAUUCCUUAUCUGGGUAUCUCCAAAAACCAUCAUUCACCGAGUUAACUCAGUUAGAAGUUCUCGAACUAAGCGAAAACUCACUCACCGGAACGAUUCCUGCCUGGGUUUUCCUCAUUCCAUCUAUACAACAAAUAAAUCUAUCAAACAACACAUUCACAUCCAUCCAAGUGUCAAAACCCUCGGUCAACUCCAACCUCAUCGCCGUUGACCUUGGAUACAACAAAAUUUCCGGCUACCCGCCGGUCAACUUUUCGAUAUACCCAAUGUUGGCAUCUUUGACUUUAAGGUACAACAAGCUACGUGGCAGAAUCCCAUGGGAGUACACAAAAACAACAACGUUAAGUAGAUUGUUUCUUGAUGGAAACUUUUUAAUUGGAUUGCCACCAAAAGAAUUUUUUUCCGGCAAGAAUAUAAUUUCCGGCAGCCUAGGAGACAAUUGUUUAAAAAGUUGUCCGAUAUCUUCGGGACUUUGCUUGAAAUCACAGAAACCUUGGUCUAUUUGCCAACAAGCAUAUCGUGGGAAACAGAAACCAAAGUCAUGAAAAUAUGAAAUGUUAGUUUGUUAAAUUUUAAUUUUUUUUGUAACAUAUAUGAUAUAGCUAUAUAAUAUUUUUUUUAUUAAUUUUUUUAGUAAUAGGUUUUAAUGUAUUGUAUAGUAUAUUUUUACUUUAAGUGGACGUUAUUUUGUACGUAUAUCAUAUUAAUAGAAUCAUAUUUCAGAUCGUA